AGUUCAUAAUCAUAAUAAAGUUGUUGAAAAGAAGUCAUUUUGACACAAAGAUACUUGUCACAGUAAAUCAAAAAAUCAACAUGUGAAUAAAAUUUUAUGAUGAAAUGCUUUAUAGCUGUGAUCUUUAUUGGUUUACAAAUUGUGACGUCGAAUGGCUCAGUUAAUUACUGCGGAUCUAGAAUGUGUGGUCACACAAAUGGCCAUACAUUUUGCAGGUAUUUGUCGGGACCGGGACCCACGUGCUUAGGUUACAUGCAGGCGCCUCUUUCAAUGGAUGAUAAGGUGCGAAUCAUGGCUCGCCUUAAUCGCAGACGGAGUGAUAUCGCGAUGGGCUUGAAUGAUUGGCCUCCUGCUGCAGACAUGCUCAAAUUGCGUUGGGUUGAUGAAUUGUCACGAGAAGCGCAGCUGUGGGCCGACCAGUGUAGACCUCCGAGUCACAUUGAAGAGCAUGACGCUUGCCGGGAUCUUUAUUCUGUCUCAGUAGGACAGUGUGUGGCAUCGAUAGUGGGCGAAGCGCCGGGACUGCGGCCGGAGACGAUGGUCGACAUCUGGUACAUGCAACGGAUAUCUUAUGAAGGAAACUUUACUUCAUAUAUUCCGUCUUCAAAUAGCUAUUACGGCGAUUUUGCUCAAAUGAUUUGGUCACGCACGUAUAUGGUUGGAUGUGGAAGAAGUAGAUUCAUGGCACUAUGGCGUGGUCGCGUUCGAAGCGUAGAACGUUUAGUUUGUAACUUUGCACCCCGAGGGCCCAUACCCUUCCGAGCGCUCUGGACGCCUGGCGAACCAGCCACUAUGUGUCCUUCGAGAUCCCGACCCGAUCCUGAUGUACCUGGACUUUGUACUUUCCUAAAUGACAUUAAAAUUCCUGAAGACGCCGAUAAGGACAUGGGUAUUGAAGAACACUUGCUUUUAAAUACUGUACUUGAAAUAGAAAAUAAUGACACAUUAAAUUAUAUGGGAAGCUUAGACGAGCAUUACUUAAAGACAGUAGCUAUGGCCACUAUUGAUUAUCUGUUUACAACUGAACUAUAUUCUAAUAAUAACUUAUAUAAGAGAGAAGCAAUGGAUAGUAAAAUAUACGAAGAAAAUGCUACAUAUUUAAACAAAGAAGUUACCACUAUAGUACCGGAUUCAACAGUUAUUCAAAAUAAAUGGAUUGCAAAAAAGAAAGUAAGUGUGGUUGGACGUCCAAAACCGUAUAAUUUAGAAGAAUUAGAUGAUCAAACGAUACCGAAAUUAUUAAGAAAUGAAAUCGUUGAAGACACCACAGAAAAAUGGGAUCUCUAUGCUGAUUUUGAUUAUAAGGAACUGGAUAAUUAUGGAUCAACUACUUUAAUAUCAAAAAACAUAACAACUGGCCAUGAAUCAACGGAACUAGACAGUCAGACAGAUAUAGAAUCACUAAGAAUUGAAACAAUCGAAAAUUCAGAAAAAUAUAUUACGCCUGAGAUUGAAUUAAAAUCUAAUUUCUCAAUGAUACUCAAUCUAUCCAAUACUGUGUCGUAUGAAACAACUAAAGAUUACUUAGAUGAUUAUCUUUCAGAUCCGGAGACAUUUCGACAGUUGCAAGAAGCUUUAGAGCGUAUGGAGAACAAUUUGGCUGAUCCAGCAACCAGUAUAGGAAAGGUUCGACGCGAAAUAAGGACUCAGCAGCCUGAAUCCAAUGUUACCCAAUCGAGAAGAAACAGCAAACAACGUGCUGAAGAAUUGUUGGCAGAGAUAGAGAGAAAUAAAACAUUACAAAGAGGUCCAAUGCUAAAUAUGGUAUUGAAGUAUUUGCCAUAUUUAAAGCCGUAUGAAAGUACUAUUUUAGGUGAAGACUCGCAAAAUAGCGCCAAAAGGAUAAUGCCAUCGAUUAUUUUGCUUUUAGUUUUGUGUAUGUGAAUUGUUUUAGAGA